AUUGAUGUGGCGCUGACCUUGACCUGUUGAACAGCAAAUGGGUAAUCUCCACGAUGUCGUGACAGUUUCGUGUGUAAGAAAAACAUCAUGAAGCCUGAGAAGGAAGUUUUCUUAGUUAUUUUCGUCAGUAUUUUUACUUCAGGGGGAACAGACUUUAAUCCUUUUUCUGAUGAUGUUUUACAUACCAUUAACUGGGUGCCUGCAGCAUCAUUUCCCGACGAAGACAAUCUUCUAAAUGAUGAAGAUAGUUUAUUGCUUACCACAAACAACAAGGAAAAAUAUAGAUGCAUUUUCCCAAAGCCUCAAUCCUCAGGAUCUCGUUCACAGGAAGAACUGAAUCACAAUGGUCCAAGUGAAGAAGAGCUGUUAAGUCCGUUAUAUAAGCAAAGUAGCUGUUCAUAUAGG